GAGCGCCCCGCCCCGCCCCGCCCCGUGCCGCAGCGGCGGGCGGGCCCAGCUCCCCGCUCAUUGCUCCCGGCCCCGCUCCCGGCGGCGGUGCAGGUGGCCGGGCCGCACUGGAACGCGCUGGAUCCCGGCCAAGAUGCUGCGUUUGGCUGCCUUCGCAGCACUGCUGCUGUUCUUCAGGGUCAGCCUGGAGCUGUCCUGGGCCCAGGCCAUCCCUGCUCUCUUCAUCUUCUACCUGGGAUCAGGGGGAUGGGACUUCUUCCUCAUAGUCAUCAAGACAAUACGAAGGGAUGUCACCACGGGGCUGAUUCUGCUGCAGGUGAAGUGGCAGGUGUGGAGGCACGUGAAGGAGAAGAACACAAUCGCCAAGAUCUUCCAGAAAACUGCAAGCAAGUGUCCAGAGAAAACAGCACUGAUCUUCCAAGGCACGGGCGAGAGCUGGACCUUCCGGCAGCUGGAUGAGUACUCCAACCAAGUGGCCAAUUUCUUCCAUGGCCAAGGCUUCCGCUCUGGUGAUGUGGUGGCUCUGUUCAUGGAGUCCCGCAAUCAGUACGUGGGGCUGUGGCUCGGCCUGGCCAAGAUCGGGGUGGAGACGGCCCUGGUGAAUUCCAACCUACGCAUGGAGGCCUUGCUGCACUGCAUCACCAUCUCCAACUCCAAGGCUGUGGUUUUUGGAGUGGAAAUGAUGGAAGCUAUGAAGGAGGUGCAGUCCUCCAUGGAGAAGUCUGUCCAUCUCUUCUGGUCAGGAGAAGGAAGCCUUGAGUCUGCACUUCCUGGUGCAAAGCACCUGGAUCCCCUCCUGCAGACAGCUCUUCGACACCAGCCAGAUCCCCCUGAGAAGGGCUUUCUGGAUAAACUCUUCUAUAUCUACACCUCUGGCACUACGGGAAUGCCCAAGGCUGCUAUUGUGGUGAACUGCAGGUAUUUCCGCAUGGCCAGCUUGGUUUUUUACGGUUUUCGCAUGAGACCCGAUGAUGUGAUGUAUGACUGCCUUCCACUUUACCACGCUGCAGGGAACAUCGUGGGCAUCGGGCAGUGCUUGCUGCAGGGCAUGACAGUCGUCAUCCGCAAGAAGUUCUCAGCCUCACACUUCUGGGAGGACUGCGUGAAGUACAACUGCACGAUUGUGCAGUACAUUGGGGAGAUCUGCCGCUACCUGCUGAACCAGCCCUUCCAGGAGGUGGAGCGGCAGCACCGGGUGCGCAUGGCGCUGGGCAAUGGGCUGCGAGCUUCCAUCUGGAAAGAGUUCAUGGCCCGCUUUGGCAUCGCCCAGGUGGCUGAGUUCUAUGGGGCCACUGAGUGCAACUGCGGCCUGGGGAACUUCGACAAUAACGUCGGGUCCUGUGGCUUCAACAGCAGGAUCUUGCCAGGGGUGUACCCCAUUGGCUUGGUGAAAGUGGAUGAAGAUACCAUGGAGCUGAUCCGGGGGCCGGAUGGUAUCUGCAUCCGCUGCAAACCAGGGGAGCCGGGGCAGCUGGUGGGCCGCAUUGUCAAGAACAACCCUCUGCAGCACUUUGAUGGCUACCUGAAUCAGUCAGCUACCAGCAAGAAAAUCGCCAGGGAUGUGUUUGCAAAAGGGGAUGCUGCCUAUCUCACAGGGGAUGUCCUGGUGAUGGACAAAUACGGCUACAUGUACUUUCGGGACCGCACCGGAGACACGUUCCGCUGGAAGGGAGAGAACGUCUCCACUACUGAGGUGGAGGGGACACUGAGCCGCAUCCUCAACCUGACAGACGUGGUUGUAUACGGGGUGGAGAUCCCAGGCACUGAAGGGAAGGCAGGAAUGGCAGCCAUUGCUGACCCAGAGAACUCCUGUGAUCUGGAGAGCUUUGCCAGCCAGCUGAAAAAGGCCCUGCCUCUGUAUGCACAGCCUGUCUUCCUGCGGUUCCUGCAAGAGGUCUCCAAGACAAGCACCUACAAAUUCCAGAAGGUGGAGCUGCGUAAGCAGGGCUUUGACCCCACACUGGUGAAGGACAAGUUGUACUUCUUGGACUGCAGGCAAGGCCGCUACCUGCCCUUGGACCAGGAGGCGUUUGACAGGAUCCAGUCGGGACAGCAGAAGCUGUAACAGUGGGGAUCAAGCAAGGCAGCUCCCCAAAUCUUGCUGGGGGAAGAGGGACAGGGCAGACACUGGGGAAGGAAAGGUUCAAGGAGUAUAAAGGCACACUAGAGAUUUUGUUUGACAAGUUUUACAGAUCAUGGGAUGGGGAAAUGCAGCAGGGACUCAGGGGAGGGAGAUGAUUACAUACCAAAGCAUAAACUCAUCAUGGCUUUAUUUUCUACUUGGUACAAUGGUGAUGGUCCCAUGCCACAGGAUGGGCAGGGGCCCUGGCCAGUUGGGGAGGGGUGGGGUGCCCCUGCCAUUCCAUUUUGCUUUUCCUGUCUUUCCCUCUCUUUUCCAGCCCGCAGCAAUCCUUCGUUAUGAAGCCCACAAAGGGACCGUUGCUGGGCUC